GACAUUCGGUGGUUGCCAAUAUGUACGGAGGAAGUUUUUUCUCCUAUGUGAACGUGAUUCAGUGAGGUCGUUGUCGUGUUUCAAGAGGCCUUCCCCAGUGUUUUGGUUGUCGAUCGGAUCCACAAAAACGAUUCCGCCAAUCGACAAAGUCACUCUCUCUUGACACGCCAUUCUUUAGCGACCCCUAGCCCCUGCUUUUCCGUUCGAUCUGAAAUUCUUCCGUCUUCCUUAGCUCAAAGAAAGAGAGAGAGCAUUGGUCUUCGGGUUUUUUGCCUCGAGACUCGAGCAGGAAAAUGUCGUCCUUUAUCAAGCUGGACGAUUCCCCCAUGUUUCUGAAGCAGAUACAUGCUCUAGAGCAGACAACCGAUGAGUUGAAAGAUCGUUGCCAAAGGCUAUAUAAAGGGUCUAAGAAGUUUAUAGCAGCUCUUGGGGAAGCAUUUAAUGGAGACUCUGCCUUUGCAGACUCAUUAGAAGCAUUUGGUGGUGGACAGGAUGAUCCUGUUAGCGUAUCCAUUGGAGGUCCAGUAAUGUCCAAGUUUAUUAAUGCAUUUCAUGAGCUGGCUACCCAUAAAGAGCUUCUUCGUUCCCAAGUUGAGCAUGUCUUGAUUGACCGUCUAACGCAAUUUAUGACUGUUGAUUUGGAAGAUGCAAAGGAAUCAAGUAGACGCUUUGAAAAAUCUAUUCAUGCCUAUGAUCAGGCACGGGAAAAGUUUGUGUCUUUGAAGAAAAAUACAAGAGGAGACGUUGUUGCAGCUUUGGAAGAGGAUCUACAGAACUCAAAGUCAGCUUUUGAGAGUAGCCGUUUCAAUUUAGUAAAUGCCCUGAUGAAUAUUGAAUCAAAGAAGAAAUAUGAGUUCUUGGAAACUAUAAGUGCAAUGAUGGAUGCUCACCUGAGAUACUUUAAGCUGGGUUAUGAGUUGUUGAGCCCAAUGGAACCAUUUAUUCACCAGGUAUUAACAUAUGCACAGCAAUCUAAAGAAAGGGCCAAUGUUGAACAAGAUAAACUUGCAAAAAGGAUUCAGGAAUACAGAAUGCAAUCUGAGCUGGACAACAUGCGAGCUUCAAGUAAUUUAGAGCAUUCCUCAGGUAUUAAUAACAUUCAUGUUGCUGGUAAGAGCUCGUACGGAAAUGUUGAAGGAAUCAUGCAGUCCACAAGUGGGGAGGUCCAGGCUGUCAAACAAGGAUAUCUAUUGAAGCGAUCUUCAAGUUUAAGAGGUGAUUGGAAGAGGAGGUUCUUUGUACUUGACAGUCAAGGGACUUUUUGUUAUUACAGAAUCAAGAGUACCAAACCUGUGCAGGGUUCUCAAUCAUACAAUUUUAUUCGCUCAAGUGAACAUAAUAGCAGCGUGUUUGGUAGAUUCCGUUCACGGCACAACCGGCAAGCAUCAUUUGAUGAUGAAAUUCUCAGCUGCCGUACUGUUGAUCUCUGCACAUCAACUAUAAAGAUAGAUGCAGAGGACAUGGAUCUACGUCUUUGCUUCCGAGUAAUUUCUCCAUUAAAAACUUACACAUUACAGGCUGAAAAUGAAGCAGAUAGGAUGGACUGGAUAAACAAAAUUACAGGAGCUAUUACAUCUCUUUUGAAUUCUCAUUUUCUUCAAAAGCUGCAUCCUGGAAGAAAACUUGUCAAGAGUAGCAGUGGUGCUUUUACUGAUGUUCAAUCACUAGACAGUCAUGAAAGUUUAAAAGAUGACACAAAAUUCAGUGAAGCUGAUUCGGUUUCUAGUAUCCUGAGAGCAAUUCCUGGAAACGAUAUUUGUGCAGAGUGCAGCACUCCUGAACCAGAUUGGGCAUCUCUCAAUCUCGGUGUAUUAUUAUGUAUUGAAUGCUCUGGUGUUCAUCGGAAUCUAGGCGUUCAUAUCUCAAAGGUGAGAUCUUUAACUUUAGAUGUCAGGGUUUGGGAACCUACUGUCUUGGACUUGUUCCGGAACUUGGGCAAUUCUUUUUGCAACUCCAUAUGGGAGGAAUUGCUUCUUCAUGAGAAUGAAAGGAUAGAUGAGUCAAGGACUAUGAUGGCUUCGGUUACAAAGCCAUGCCCCAAGGAUGUCAUUUCUUGCAAGGAGAAAUACAUUCAAUCAAAGUAUGUAGAGAGAUUGCUAGUCGUCAGAGAAGUAGGUGCAUCUGGGAUUCCUUCACAUGCUUCAAAAAUCUGGCAAGCAGUCAAGAGUAACAAUUUGCAAGAAGUGUAUCGUCUUAUUGUGACUUCUGAAAAAAGUAUUAUCAAGACUACCUUUGAUGACGUGGAUGGUGUUGAUAUAUGUCACCAUGUUGAUGUACAAGACUCGGAGACAAUGCAAAAGAGACAGUAUGAUCCAGCAGUGUGCGAGAGAAUCAACCACUCCAACGAGGCAGGGAACUGUCUUCAAGGUUGUUCCUUGUUGCAUCUAGCAUGCAACACUGGAAAUCCAUUGAUGCUUGAGUUGUUGCUGCAAUUUGGUGCUGAUAUUAAUAUGCGUGACUUCCAUGGAAGGACUCCUUUGCAUCACUGCAUCUCCAGUGGGAACAACCAACUUGCCAGACUUCUACUCAGAAGAGGUGCACGUUCAUCAAUUAAAGAUGGUGGGGGACUUAGUGUCCUGGAAAGAGCAAUGGAGUUGGGAGCAAUAACUGAUGAGGAGCUAUUUAUAUUACUUUCUGAAAGCGAGUAAACUAACACGGUCACCUCUUGUAAGUUUAUUUCAUCCUUUGUUUUUAACCCCCGCUUCCCAAUUGUCUGUAAUAAUGAAUGAAGCCUGGUACCACUUUGAUCGUUUGGAAUAAGAAAAGUCCCAAGUUUCUUAUUCAUUUAUUUUUGAGAUCUA